CCCGGGCUUAUCAACGGCGAAGUGAGGGAACAGUGCGUACGGGAGGUCAAUUUAAAGGCCAGCCCAUGAUGCACGAUGGGCCGUCGCAUCAAUCAGCUUGUCGUGAUCGUUUGUCGCGUUCCAAUUGCCCCUGACCCACGUUGACCGCUCUGGCGUGUCCAAAUUAUUACUUAACGACAACGUUGGCAAGUACCGGUGCACCGCCACCGCAGCGACGAACCAUGGUCAGAUUUGUGGACAUCCCUCUCGAAUUAUUGCCUUUAAUCUUUGAUUCCGUAGUCAGAGCUCAACAUCUUGCAUUCUUAUCUUUGGUCAAUAAGUCAUUCAACGAAUUUGCGAUCCCAAGGCUCUACCAGCGCGUUUAUAUCUACGCAUGGCAUACAGAGGCUAAGUCAAAGGUCGUUUUGCUGUUCCAAACUCUUUCCAGCUGUCCUCGUCUUGCACAUUACGUUUCACGCCUUGAGAUAAGAGACUUUCCCAAGGCACUCUCUUCUUCGUCCUACAGUAACCUCCUAAAUCUUUGCAUACGAGGGAUACGGAAUUGCGUCAACUUAAGAUCGUGUGCCUGGACUCGAGAUGGUUCGCUGGAAUCACCGAUUCUCCUGGCUCUCCAGCAAUGCUCCCAACUUACGGAGCUCGAGAUCAACGGACACGACAGCGGAUACUAUAAUCCUAACAUACUCGCACAGUUUUCUAAACUGUCCAGAAUAUCACUCAUAAUGCCGAGCGCGCAAGUCAUUGAAGUUCUUCCCUCCUGGAUAUCCGCUACAGGUCCAACCCUUCGCAACCUUACUAUGAUCUGCCAGACAUCGAGUCUAAUCACCGAUAUCUUACUGGAAUCUCUCGCUCCUAGUAUGACUGAACUGGAUCAAUUAUUUAUUAUGGGAUGCCCAAAGGUGACACAUAGAGGCAUUGGUGAAAUCGUGUCAACCAAUCGCAAUGGCCUCACGGCUAUCGGACUCGAGAGGCUUUCCCCAGCAUUUGAUAUGACCUUGUUUAACAACAUUUGCAAAGAGCACCAGGCGUUUAGACGUCUUAGAUCAAUUACUUUGGCGGUUCAUAUUGAGACGCCCCUUCUGACAUGGACGAGUCAUGUCACGGAACUACUAUCCACCGCGCCUUUAGAAAUAUUCCAAAUUUAUGCUACGACGCCAACUGUCAAAGUGGUUAUCACAGACGAAUUUUGGACAUCCAUUGUCACGAUGCACGGGUCGCGUCUCAAGCGAAUUUCUAUUGACCGGAUGUCAAUCAGUCUGGAUGCGUUACGUGGCAUAUGUUCCCAGUGCUCCGCUUUAGAGCAACUGUUUAUCGUCACUGCGCGGAUUAAUUUGGAUGAUGUGAUACGAUGCUUUGCUGCUGCUCAAAGCCUCCGCGCGAUCCAUGUCAACUUUUAUUGUGAAGUGAAUGAAACGGAAGAGCGGUCCAUGAUGAAUGAUGCUCUACGCAUCGUCCGACACUGUCCUGCCACAGUGUCGCAGAUUGGAUGCGACACAAGAGUCUGGCAUGUACGACGCGAGGUGCGGAUGAACGACAUGGCUGAAUUAUACACUGUACCUAUCCUCUCUAGGUAUGAGAAUCCGGACAUCCCGGAGCAAUUUCUUGUCGCUCGAGGGGCGUAGAUCGACUACCUACAUGUUAGGGACGUUCCUUGACAGAUUUCGAAUUCACACAUCUGUGUACAAAUAUGAACUUUAUUGAUUUCCGAGGACGUGCGGGUAUAUUAUAUACGAUACUUUAGUGCAACAUGUGUGAUGACCUCAAGCGUUAGGCUUUGUUUCUCAUCCUGCCUACACGCAUCCGUGGUCCUACAGUCUUCAAGGGAGGCUUCCGACCCGAGCAAGAUGCUAAAAAAGUACGAUAUUGAAGUUGCUCGCGCCUGUGUGCCUGAAUGGCCAUCCAACCUUCAAUAGUAUCAAAAAUGUC